AGGGGCUCAAAUCCCUAUUAUUUCCUCUUUCUCUCCACACCAUGAGGGGAAAUCAACUGCCCAAUCCAGUCCUGAUUCUGUUUUUCCUGCUUCUUCCCAGAGAUGCUUCCACUGCUUCAAAGCCGCAGUAUCUGGUGCUGGUCCCAUCCCAGCUGUACACUGGGGUUCCUGAGAAGGCUUGUGUCAUGCUUAAUCACCUGAAUGAGACGGUGACACUGAACAUUAUUCUGGAGUAUGGAAUGCAGGCCAGAACCCUCCUUGCAGACCUGGUGACAGAGAAGAACUCCUUCUACUGCAGCCCGUUCACUCUUCCAGAGUUACCAUCGUCCUCAGGGUUGAUAACUGUGGAGGUCAAGGGGCCAACCCAGCAGUUCAUAAAGAGGAAGACAGUGCACAUCAUGAAAGUAGACAGCCUUGUCUUUGUCCAAACAGACAAACCCAUCUACAAACCAGGACAAACAGUGAGAUUCCGUGUUGUCUCUGUGGAUGUCAAUUUCCACCCUUUGAAUGAAACGUUCCCAGUGGUUUAUAUUGAGAAUCCCAAGAGGAACCGAAUUUUCCAAUGGCAAAAUCUCAGAUUGCAAGGGGGACUCAGCCAGCUCUCCUUCCCACUCUCAGUGGAGCCCACUCUGGGUACUUAUAAGGUCAAGCUGCAGAAGGAGUCAGGGGAAAAAACAGAGCACCCUUUUGAAGUGAAUGAAUAUGUUUUGCCCAAAUUUGAGGUCCAAGUGAAAAUGCCCAAGACUAUUGGUUUUCUAGAUGAAGAAUUUACAGUAUUCGUCUGUGGCCUAUACACAUAUGGAAAGCCUGUCUCUGGUCUGGUGACAAUUAAUGUAUGCAGAAAAUACUCACGAUACCAUUCUGCCUGCCAUGGAAGACAUUCCCAAAGUAUCUGUGAAGAAUUCAGUCAACAGGCAGACAGUGAAGGCUGUUUCACACAACUUGUGAGGACAAAAGCAUUCCAGCUGAGACAGAAGGGGUAUGACAUGACCAUACACGUGGAAGCCAAAGUCAAAGAGAACGGAACAGAGUUGGAAUUAACCGGGCAUGGAUCAUGUGAAAUCACAAACACCUUAAGCAAACUGAAAUUUAUAAAAGCGGAUACACAUUAUAGGCAUGGGCUCCCUUUUUUUGGUCAGGUUCUUCUCGUUGAUGAGAAGGAUCAGCCGAUCCCCAAUAAAACCGUAGUCGUCAGUGUGGAUGUAACUGCAUACCAUUCCAGCCUUACCACGAAUGAGCAUGGUUUGGUGAACAUUUCCAUUGAUACCACCAACUUCACGUCUUCUGUCUUUACAGUUAUGGUCACUUACAAAGAGAAUAACCUCUGUUUUGAUAACUGGUGGCUUGAAGAAUUUCAUAUGAGGGCACAGCACACUGUAAAGCAUAUUUUCUCCCCGAGUAAGAGUUACGUUCACCUUGAAAUCGUUGCUGGUACCAUGGCCUGUGGACAAAUCCAGAAUAUCCGGGCACACUACAUCCUGAAUGGACAGAUUCUGAAGGAUGAAAAAGAAUUAACCUUCUAUUAUUUGAUCAAAGCAAGAGGAAGCAUCUCCCAAUCGGGAAUCCAUGUGUUGUCCAUUGAACAAGGAGACAUGAAAGGCGUAUUUUCCUUCUCCUUUCGAGUGGACUCAGACAUUGCUCCUGCAGCCCAGUUGCUGGUUUAUGCCAUUUUACCCAAUGGAGAAAUUGUUGCCGAUACUGAGAAGCUUGAGAUUGAAAACUGCUUUGCCAAUAAGGUAAGCUUGAGCUUCUCCUCAGCCCAGAGCCUGCCAGCCUCACACAACAACCUGGAGGUCACAGCCACUCCUCAUUCCCUCUGUGCCCUCCGUGCGGUAGACCAGAGCGUUCUGCUGAUGAAGCCUGAAGCUGAGCUCUCCCCUCAGUCGGUCUAUAAUUUGCUACCAGUAAAGAGUGUCCUUAGCGUUGGGUAUGGAGGUCCCCUGAACGAAGACAGUGAGCAGUGUGUCAAUGCAGACGACAUAAUUCAUGAUGGAAUUGUUUACACACCAAAGCGGUUCCUGGAUGAUGAUGAUGUUUACAGUAUUUUUGAGUCUGCAGGAUUAAAUAUUUUUACCAACUCAAAAAUCCACAAGCCGCAUUUUUGUCAGCUGCUUUCGCCAUAUCCAGGAAUGCCUAUGGCCUAUUCAAGAGUCCCUUCUCUCGCACAUGGUGUUGGAGGAUCAGUUUAUCCAAUGCUCCAGGGAGGGAGUUCUCCAGUCGUGGAAGUGAAAGAGACGAUCCGGAAGUACUUCCCUGAGACCUGGAUCUGGGACUUGGUGCCACUUGAUUUAUCAGGUAGAAGUGAGUUGGCAGUGACGGUCCCUGACACCAUCACAGAGUGGAAGGCCAGCGCGCUCUGCUUGUCUGGAACGACAGGGCUGGGCCUCUCCCCCGUCAUCUCUCUUCAAGCGUUCCAGCCCUUCUUCCUGGAACUCACUCUCCCCUACUCUGUGGUGCGAGGAGAAGCCUUUACGCUCAAAGCCACUGUAUUCAACUAUUUGUCCCAUUGCAUUCGGGUCAGCGUGCAGCUGGAAGUCUUUCCUGACAAGUCAGCCGACCUAGUGAAAAACAAUGAAGAAACUCCCUGUGUCUGUGGAAAUAGGCAGAAAACUAUGUCCUGGGCUGUAACCCCAAAGUCACUGGGAAAGAUAAAUUUCACAGCUACUGUGGAAGCCCUGCUGUCUCAGGAAUUGUGUGGUGACGAGGUGCCAAAAGUCCCAGCAUUUGGACAGAAGGAUACUGUAAUCAAGCCCUUAUUAGUUGAGCCUGAAGGAAUAGAAAAGGAAGAAGCUUUCAACACACUCCUCUGUGCAUCAGACACUGGUGUAUCUGAAAAGUUGCCACUAAAAGUUCCUUCAGAUGUGGUUGAAGGAUCUGCCAGGGCGACAUACUCGGUUUUGGGCGACAUAUUAGGCUCUGCAAUGCAAAAUCUUCAGAAUCUUCUCCAGAUGCCGUAUGGUUGUGGAGAGCAAAACAUGGUCCUUUUUGUCCCUAACAUCUAUGUUCUGAACUAUCUGAAUGAGACACGACAGCUGACAGAGACGGUCAAGGCCAAAGCUAUCAGCUACCUCAUCAGUGGGUACCAAAGGCAGUUGAAUUAUAAGCACAGUGAUGGUUCAUACAGCACUUUUGGGGAUCAUGACGGCAGAAGUCAGGGAAACACUUGGCUCACUGCAUUUGUGCUCAAGUCCUUUGCUCAAGCCCAGUCACACAUUUUUGUGGAGACAUCACACAUCACGAACGCCCUCACCUGGCUCUCACGGAGACAGAUGGAAAAUGGUUGUUUCCAACGCUCUGGAUCACUGCUGAACAACGCUAUUAAGGGUGGGGUAGGUGACGAACUGACGCUCUCUGCCUACAUCACCAUCGCUCUGCUGGAGAUGCCACUGCCUGUCACUCACCCUGUUGUCCGCAAUGCUCUAUUCUGCCUGGAAAGUGCCUGGGGAUCCAUCUCAGAGGCCCAAGGAAGUCUUGUCUAUACCAAAGCAUUAUUGGCCUAUGCUUUUGCCCUAGCAGGAAACCAGCCCAAGCGAAGUGAGCUUCUUGAAUCUCUAGACAAAGAUGCUGUGAAAGAAGACAACUCAGUCCACUGGGAGCGACCUCAGAAACCCAGGGCACCAGUGGAGCAUUUUUACCAACCCCCAGCUCCUUCAGCUGAGGUGGAGAUGACGUCCUACGUGCUGCUGGCUUACCUCACGGCCCAGCCCGCCCCCACCUCAGAGGAGCUGACUUCCGCCGCACGCAUCGUGAAGUGGAUCACAAAGCAACAGAAUUCCCAGGGGGGCUUCUCCUCCACUCAGGACACAGUGGUGGCUCUCCAGGCCUUGUCCAGAUAUGGAGCAGCCACCUUCACCAGGACUGGGAAGCCCACACAGGUGACCAUUCAGAAUUCAGGGGCAUUUGUCACAAAUUUCCAAGUGGACGACAACAACCGCCUAUUGCUGCAUCAGGUCUCAUUGCCAGAGCUGCCUGGAGAAUAUUCCAUAACAGUGACUGGAGACAGAUGUGUGUAUCUUCAGACAUCCAUGAAAUACAAUACUCUUCCAGAGAUGGAGGACUCCCCAUUUGCCUUGAAGGUGAGGACUGCACCCCAUACUUGUGAUGGCCCCAAAGUUCACACCAGCUUCCAGAUCUCACUGAAUGUCAGUUACACAGGGAGCCGUCCUGUCUCCAAUAUGGUAAUUGUUGAUGUGAAGAUGGUGUCUGGUUUUAUCCCCUUGAAACCAACAGUAAAAAUGCUUAAAAGAUCCAGCCAUGUAAGCAGGAUGGAAGUAAGCAAUAACCAUGUCCUCAUUUAUUUGGAACAGGUAACAAAUCAGACACUCAGCUUUUCCUUCAUGGUUCUGCAAGACAUCCCAGUAAGAGACCUCAAGCCAGCGACUGUUAAAGUCUAUGAUUACCAUGAGACAAAUGAGUCUGCCAUUGCUGAGUACAUCGCCCCCUGCAGCACAGGUAAGAGGUCACAUGCUAAGACUACCAUCUUUCCACAUUAACUAUGCUCCCUAAACUUUCUUCUAAGUUUAAAAUCCUCUACAAGUCUUUUCCUAGACCCGAGACAGUUCAUAGGACACAUUCUCACACAAAGAGAAAACUGUGGAGAAGAGUGCUUACUCUGUAGGACUCCAACUUCAGAUAUUCACACCAUUAAUAGUGAAGUCAAUAAGUGUUGUUUGCUUGUUUGUUGGUGGGAUAGCUGUCCCUAAUAGGCAGCGUUUUACAUCACAGCUAAUUUGUUUCCUUCAGACAAAUUCUAGCCCAACAUCUGUUUUUGUAAAUGAAGUUUUUAUUGGAACAGAGCCACGCUCAUUACAUUAUUUUCUAUAGCUACUUUCAAAAGUUGAGUAGCUAUGAUAUAAGCCACAUGGCCUGCAACAUUCAAAAUAUUUACCAUAUGGCCUUCCACAGCAAAAGUGUGCCAACCUCUGUUCUAGCCCAUUCUGCUGCCCAGACUCAACUGAGGGAGUAUUCCUGAGGAAAUCCCACAACUUUCCUACAUUUCUCUUUUCUCCAUAGAUGCAGACCAUGGCAAUGUUUGAGGACCAUAAUUAGGCUACAUAUUUUACUGGAUGCCCUGUCCUGUACUUCUAUUUAAAAGAAAUGGAGUUGUUUGUCUCCGUGAAACAGACAUCAAAGAAGCUUGUUGAAUAAACAUAUG